CCUACUUUAAAAUGCCUCCACUGUCUCCACUGUGGAUAAUUGUCUCAUUUUUAUAUAUCAUAUGCUCAGCCCAACCUCUGAAUGUUUUUCGACCAUCAUUUAUCACAGUGAAGUCUGGAGAGCGUAUAAGUCUUAGCUGCCCAUUUGGAGACAAUCAUAGGACUGAAAGUGUGAUCUGGUACAAACAAAGUUUUGGGGAGAUGCCACAAAAAAUCGGAGGAAGAUUAGCGUACAAGGAGGUCACACUCUCACCAGAGUUCAAAACUUCAGGAUUUAAAAUGGAGAUGACUGAUUAUGGCAUUUUGCUCAAAAUUCCACAUAUUAUUAUAGAUCACAGUGGACUUUACUACUGUCUAAAAUCAUUUACCUUGGAGAAUGUUACUCUGUCCAAUGGAACAUUCUUGGCUGUGACAGAUGAUGAAGAUGUAAAAGUGUCAGUAUCACAGAGCAGCGGGUUGGACUCGGUUCCUGCAGGAGCGUCAGUGACUCUGCAGUGCUCGGUUCUCUCUGAGAGCAGAGCAGCAGAACUCCAAGUGCUCUGGUUCAGAGCUGCUCCACCACAAUCCCAUCCUCAAAUCAUUUACACUCAUCACAACAGCAGCCAUCAGUGUGAGAGCGGCUCUUCUACACACACCUGUGUGUACAACUUCUCCAAGAACAUCCUCAGCCUCAAUGAUACUGGGACUUACUACUGCGCUGUGGCCGCGUGUGGGAAGAUCAUUUUUGGGAACGGGACGCAAGUACAAUUGAAAUCUGUGGAUGCCGUAGUAAUCUACCUUGGUGUAGGUUUGGGAGUGUGUGUGGUUGCGAUCUUUGUUCAAACUGUUUCAUUUUAUAAAUGGAAAAAACAAAACCAAAUCACAAAAAGAGAAACUCUCAAAAGACAAACAAACAACCUGGACCAUGAUUCUGUGGAGCCGAAUUACGCUGCCUUACAUUUUAAGGAAAAGAAGAUUAAAUCAGGAAUAAAAAACAGCAGACAAUCGCAAGACACUGUGUACUCUGAAGUCAGAUCACUUACCAUUACUUAGAAUGCAUGUCUUUAAUAAUUUGUUAGGUGUAUUAUAAUUUUAUUUA